GCUUUCUUUAUCAUCAAGAAGACCGCUUUUCCUCCGCCCAGCGCCCCCUGCCGGUUGCAGCGCGGAAAGACCUCCUUUUGAGCGGAGUUGCCGUGGCAACCGUCGGGGGGCUACAAGCAUGGGGGCGCCUGCUGGAAGGGGCGCCAGGUUGGGGAAGCUGGGUUGGCCUGCCCUGAGCAGCAGCCCCUGAAGGGCCUUUCUACCCAAGUGGGGCCGGCUCCUCCCUUGGAGACGUCAGCUGGGCGGCCGUCUCCUCCAGUGGGAAUCCUGCAAUCACCAGAAGCUGGCUUCCAAUAAUGGUGGAGCAGGACCGAAGGAUGAGUGUCAAAUACUGGCUCCUCUUCCUGCUGUAUUUCGUGCAAGGAAUCCCUUACGGGCUGCAGUCCGGGCUGUUGCCGAUCUAUUUCCGCACCGUGGGCCUCUCCUUCACCAAGAUCAGCCUGACCAAGCUUCUUUACCUGCCUUGGUUCUUCAAGGUGUUCUGGGCCCCCUUUGUGGACUGGUAUUUCUCCAAGAAAAGCUGGCUGAUCUUCACCAUGUGCGGCUUGGCCCUCACCUGCCUGGCUUGUUCUUUCCUGACCCCAGGGGAGGACUUCCUGGGCGUGGCUGUCGUCCUGCUGCUCAUGAACCUCUUCGCCUCCGUUCAGGACGUGGCGGCCGAUGGGAUCGCCAUCCAGCUGUUGAGGCCAGAGGAGGUGGGAUUUGGGAACAGCAUCCAGGUCGUGGCUUACAAACUGGGUUCCGUCCUGGCUGGAGGCGGCCUGCUCACUUUCCUCCAUCACCUGGGCUGGGGAGCCCUCUUCGUCUACCUGGCUGUCAUCUACGCUGCGGCCAUUGGGUUCACCUCCAAGUUUCACCUGAGGGAUUCUCGUCAGGACAGCCAGGCCAAGGAGAGCAAUUUAGGCCUUCUGGGUUUUUUCCAUGAGCUCCUCCUUGUGCCGGACACGCUGUGGACCGCUGGCUUAGUCCUCAUCUACAAGUUGGGUGAGUCUUUCCCCAAAGCGAGGAAGAACCUUGCUAACACAGGUAGUCCUUGA